AUGGCUUUGUUUCACGAUAAGCUAGGCCAUUGGAAUAGCAAGAGACAGAUCUUGCAACAGAUACUCGAGAUCGAUGAGACCGAUGAGAUGGAUGUUCCUCUUAUCAUAAACCUUGCGCAAACGUAUAGGCAGCUAGGUCGUUAUGCUGUAGCAGAAACCCUGCAAGAUGAGGCAAUAGCGGAACUGUUAGAGCAAGAGAAGGAAGACGGCUUGGAUCUGUACGACUGCAUGGCUGACUUGGCGAUGACUUACAAGGAACAAGGACGAUUCGAAGAGGCCGUGGACUUACUGUCUAGAGCCAUACCUGGAUUUAAGAGGCUACUGGGGUCAGAAAACCCGAGUACUCUGUCGAAAGUGUCCAACCUGGGAACCAUUUAUCAAGCCCAAUACCGGUGGGAAGAAGCAGCCGCUCUUUUCAUCGAAGUCAAAGAUACCUGCCACUCUAUCCUCGGAGAACGCCAUCCUUUUUCGCUCACGAGUACUAAUAACCUCGCCAAUGUAUACAGUGCGCAGGGCCGUUGGGAGGAAGCUGAGAUUAUGCUUGACAAAACCCUCAGCAUCGCAGCAGACGCUCUGGGACCACAAAAUCCCAUCACAAUCAGAACUCAACGUGCCCUCGCCAAUUUGUAUUCAAAGAAGGGUCAGUUUACACGUGCUGCAAAGGCGUUCGAAAACACGCUAAGCGGUUCAGAAGAGGAGUUUGGUGAUGAUUACCCAGAGACCAUUGAGGCUCGCAAAUAUCUAGGAGAUAUGUAUCACCAAUUGGGCUUAUACGAAAAGGCAGAGACACUACAUUCCAAUGCCUUGAAAACGCUUGAGUUAGUAAGAGGGAUAGAUCAUCCCUCUACGAUAAGUGCAGCCAACUCUCUGGCUUUGACCUAUAAAGAACAAGGUAGAUUGAGAGAUGCCGAGCAGAUUCAGCAAAAGACCAUUCAACGGUGCGAUAGUACUUUUGGCCCUCUGCACUACAUGACUCUACAUGUCCAGCUCGACCUCGCAGCGAUUUUCAUGGACCAGGAACGUUUCGAAGAGGCCGAAAAAUUGAUUGAACGUAUCGUACUGCACGAAGCGCAACUGCACGACCGAGAUCAAAGUCUUCGAGUAGAUGCACUCGCUAAACUUGUUACUAUUUAUCGAUGCCAACAUAAAUUUGAAGAAGCUGAAAAGCUGGGAAUUGAGGUCAUCAAAACCAGAGCGGCUUUCCAAGGUGACGAGCAUCCGUUGGUCCUUGAAAGUAAGAACAACCUUGGCAGCGUCCUUAUGGAGAUGGGAAAGUUGAGCAAUGCCACCAACCUCUUCACUAAUGUGAUAAAUGCAAAGGAAGCGCAAGGUAUCCGAGAUCCAGUAUAUUUGACGAGCAAAUAUUGUCUCGUCGCCACAUAUGCAGCAGCAGAAAAGUGGGUUGAUGCUGUGGAAUUAGGAAUUGAGGUUCUCGAAAUGGCAGAAAGAGCAUUAGGAACAGGCCAUCCGGCAUGGAUCAGAGCCGCAGACCAUGUCCUCUUUGCGUAUGGUAAUCUGAAAGACGUAUCAGGCUUUGAAAAACUUAAAGGACAAGUUGUCGAAGCAAAGAAGGCAACAUGGAAGGAGAUCAGCCUUGACCAGAUUCAUGUGUUCGACACCAUCUCAUCGGUCCUAGCUGAGCAAGAGAGAUGGUCAGAUGCGCAAGAGAUUGAAGAGCAAAAACUGGACAUGUUGCGCGAGUUGCAAGGCGAAGACCACUCCAAUACCAUAGCAUGCAUUACUCUGCUGGCAUGGAUCUGCGAAGAGAAUGGCCAAUGGACGAAGGCGGAAAAACUCAAGCUUGAAGUCAUCGACAAGAACAGAUCUAUACUAGGACCUGAUCAUGAAGACACUGUGCAAUAUAUGGAAGAUACAGUAACUUUCUAUACGAGACUUGGAGACCUCGAGAAGGCUGAAAAACUUACUCUUGAAGUCAUGGAGAUCCGACAGCGAGCUUUGGGAAAUAUUCAUCCUGAAACUAUACGCACAAUGGAUUUUCUAGCAAAUGUUAUGACCGCCCGUGGCAAGCAUACCGAGGCACAGGGUAUGAAAGAGGCGUGUCACUUGUUGAAACUAGAAAGUCCCUCAUAG